GCAGGCCCGGCGCCCGGCGCGCCCUCCCGUCUCCCCUCAGAAAGUUGGAGCCGCCGCCGCCGGGCCGCCAGCCGGAGUCGCGCGCCGGGACCUCCGCGGGGGCACAGGCGUCAUGGCUUCUCCGUCCCGAGGCAAGGACCUGUUCCCGUCGGAGGAGGAGGGCCCGGGGCCCGGGGGCGCCGAGGGGCCGGCGGAGGAGCGCCGCGUCCGGGUCUCCAGCCUGCCCUUCAGCGUGGAGGCGCUCAUGUCGGACAAGAAGCCGCCCAAGGAGGCGUCCCCGCGGCCCGGGGAGAGCGCCGCCGCCGCCGCGGCCACCCUGCGGCCGCCGCCGCCGCCGCCGCUGCCCGGACCCGGCGCCCGCGAGGCGCGCAGCCCCGGCGCGCGGGCCCAGCCCUUCGAGGCCGCGGCGGUCAAGUCGGAGACCUCGGAGGACGGGGCGGCGUGGAUGCCCGAGCCCGGCCGAUACUCGCCGCCGCCCAGACACCUGAGCCCCACGGCCUGCACGCUGCGCAAGCACAAGACCAACCGCAAGCCACGCACGCCCUUCACCACGGCGCAGCUGCUGGCGCUGGAGCGCAAGUUCCGCCAGAAGCAGUACCUGUCCAUCGCCGAGCGCGCCGAGUUCUCCAGCUCGCUCAGCCUCACAGAGACCCAGGUCAAGAUCUGGUUCCAGAACCGGAGGGCCAAGGCCAAGAGACUGCAGGAGGCAGAGCUGGAGAAGCUGAAGAUGGCGGCCAAGCCCAUGCUGCCCUCGGGCUUCAGCCUCCCCUUCCCCAUCAACUCGCCGCUGCAGGCCGCCUCGCUCUACGGCGCCUCCUACCCCUUCCACAGACCUGUGCUGCCCAUCCCGCCCGUGGGACUCUACGCCACCCCGGUGGGCUACGGCAUGUACCACCUCUCCUAAGGAAGAGGCGCCCGGACUCCGGACCAGGCCUGUGCCACGGGCCCCGCCCUCGCCAGGAAGCAGCGGCGCCAGCACCCAGCUCUGCCAGCCUCACCGAACCGCCCUGAGCAGCCCAGGCUGGCAGGCCGCAGCCCAGCCCGUCCUGGAGGCUGGAGGCCCCCCAACUCCGUGUUCUGGGCGUCCUUUCCCAGACACCCCUCUCCUCUCACCAGGAUAGGCCCUGAUGGUUUUCUAUAUAAAUAUAUAUAAUAAAAUGGAACGCGUUUUUAUACAGCGGACGUCGAAAUCCAAGUUAUUUUGAAAGGCAAAAUUUAUAUAUAUACUUUUUUAUAUAUAUAUAUAUAUAUAGCACCCUAAAAGACUGCUGAAGUUCAUUUGUGUAGGGUUUUUUUUUUUUUCUUUCUUAUAGGGGGAGACAAAUUAAAAUUGCUGAAAGUAGUGAUUUGGGCUGGAUGAUCGGCUUUUGCUAAAGGAAAACAUAUUAGAAUUAGACAAAUAAUGGCUAGGUCAUAGAUAGGGACUGAGAUUCCUCCCAGGGACAGGCACAGGCCACGGUACCUUACUGUCUUCCAUGCAUUAGACUAAUGUAUGUGGCCCUGUCUCUCCCCUCCCCCGGCACACUGUUACCCAGUUAAAGUUUUACUUUUUCUUUUUUAGGAUCAAUAAAAGGGGGCUGAGAAGACUGAGCCAGCCUGGGGGGGCAGGGGGUAAAGUGGGAAAUGGAAGUACUUCCUAAUUCCUCUCCAGGCUGUUGCUCAACUCCAUUUCAGAUCACUGUCGGGAGGAAUGGACGGUUUCUGUGAAAUGCUAAUACUCAGUCCUCACACAUUGCAAAAGGGAUGUGGGGGGAGGGGGGUAUAGUUAAUUCUCUGCUUAAAUUAAUGUCUGUAACCGUUACCUAUAUGCUCCUUAUUCCUGGACAAUGAGUAGAUCCAGAGAGAAAGAAAAGCCAUGCUUUGUCUGUGUGUGUACUUGUAUGUGCUGAACGUAUUAGGGAAAUUUAUAUCCUUUUUUUAACGUGUGGGGGGCAGAGGGCGAAGCCAUGUUUGGACUUGCUAAGAACCCGGGUGUCUCAGCCCAUUUAGCUCCCGUCCCAUCCAUCUCCCCCCCAUCUCCCAUCCCUACUCUCCCCCCACCAGUACACUUCAUCCCUUUGAAAGGGUGUCUUGUAUAAUUUUAUAUAUUUUAUUGAAGAGUUAUUUCUUAUCUCUUUUUCCGAAUUAAAUUAAACAUUUGUUUAUUGCAGUCA